UCAUACACACACAUGUCCGGCCCCAAACAACUUGCCAGAGCAUACUCUAAAACAUUGAGCUCAUUCUUACUAUUACCAAAGUCUAGCAAACCACACAAGAUGGGAUCGUCAUCAUCAAAGUCGACAGGACAUAACUCGGCACCAGUUGGCUUCACACCCAGCGCACCCACAUCAGUCGAUUACCGCUCAAAGCCAAUCCUCGACGAGAUUGGCACGACGAACCACGGCGGCAUCGAGGUGUCCAAGAGCGUGCUGGACUUUGCCCUUGGCGAGCGUCCAUGCCCGCUCAAGACGUCUGUCCAGGACCAGUUCACAAUCACCAACCUCAGCCGCAACAAGCUCAAGUUCACGUUUGAGCCAUCACUGCCCAAGGAGUUCCAGCUCAGCUUCAGCCCGGCGACGGGCGCCCUCGAGAAGGGCAAGUCCAAGGUGGUCAAGGUCAAGCUGAUCGUCAACCAAAAGAUCAACGCCAAUCACAAGGCUGUGCUGCGUCUUGAGGGCGGCGUCAGCCACUUCCUCACGGUCAAGAUCCGUUGCGAGACGGGCGUGUUUGGCGUCGACCCUGUCGGUCUGGACUUUGUCGAGGACGAAGGAUAUCGCGUCCCCUCCAUCCUAGCACAGAUGAAGCGAUCACUUAUCGAGUAUGGAGGUCUAGAACAAGAGGGACUCUUCCGUCUCGCUGGCGAGCAGACCGAAAUCCGCAAGAUGAAGGAACUAAUGAACAAGAAUGAGUUCUCCUCAAGCAAUGACAUCAACACAGUAGCAUCAUUGAUAAAGAUUUGGUACCGCGAGUUACCAUCACCAAUCUUGAACUCAGUACCAACUGAGAAGAUAUUCCAUUGUGGCGAUGUUGAUGAAUGUGUGGAGGCGGUCAACAGACUGCCAGAGAUGCAAAAGAAUUUGUUGGAUUGGCUAAUGGACCUUCUCAUUCAAGUGGCCUCAUACUCGCGUAUCAACAAGAUGACGCCACAGAAUUUGGCCAUUGUCGUGGCGCCCAAUCUAUACGACGUGUCGACUUCCAAUCCGAUGGAGGGACUAGUCCUGUCACAAAAGUGCGUUCAAUUCCUCCACAAUGUUCUCACACAUAAGAUAUCCCAGAUGAAUAGCCGUUCAAUCUCUGUUGGCGUU